UUUGCCCCGCCCAUUGGGACAAAGGUGGGCGGGGACGAUCGGCCAGAAGCCCCGCCCCUGUGGGAGUCGUUCCUCCACCGGACCGAUGGCCGUUGAAAGCGGAUCUUGGCGGCCGCCCCGAGCCUGCGCAGAUUACUGGUCUGAAUGGAAGCUGUGUCGGAGCAUCCGUAAUCUAUACCAUCAUUAUUACACUUACGGGGAGAUGCCGUCGUGCGCGCAGUGGAAAAAGGAUUACAAGAAUUGCAAAGAAUGGGAGAGAACAAAAAGCGUGACGGCCAAGGAACAGUUGUGUGACAGUGAGCGACAACGGAUGGCCAGGAAACAGAAAUAUGCACCAGUAUGGAAAAUGAGAAAAAGCCCUCCACCUGAUUGGAAUUCACCCAUUGGGGAAGAAGACUUCAAAUGAUGAGCCCCCCCCCCAACAUUCUAGUGGGACCUCUAUCUGAUGCCACUUAAGAGACUCUUAAUCCUGAAUAGAAGGAUUUUUCCACCAUAAAACUGUGCUCUCACCUGCCCGUACCUGGGUUUAAGUGUGUCCAAUGUAUGUUUCUGUAAACAGCUGCUCUGAAUUCUUCUCCUAAGCCAGUGCAAAGUUUCAAAGGACAUUCACAAAAACGUCGUUGCAAGGGAUAUAUUUUGCUGUUCACAAGCUCGGUCUUCGUUGCAAAUUAGUACAAAAAAUGCCGAUGCUGGGUGAUAAGGGAACAACCCAAGAAUUAUUUAUUUGUAUGCCACAUUCAUGUCCUUUACAAACCACAGGGAUUGUGUUCCCACAACUUAAUAGCCCCCCCCCCAACCCAAUACACUAUGGCUUAACAGGAUGUGUGAAAGUUAGAUGUUUAGACAACUGGCAAUUCUAUUAUGUUCAACACCACAGAGGAGAUACACAGGUACUCCUCGAUUUAAGAACAGUUCAUUUAGUGACUGUUCCAAAGUUACAACGGCACUAAAAAAAAGGACUGUUUUUGACAUGGCUGUUGUAGCAUCCCCAGGGUGACAUGAUCAAAAUUCAGACGCUGAAUUUUGCAGUAUCCUGGGGUUACGUGAUCCCUUUCUGCGACCUUUCUGACAAGCGAAGUCAAUGGGGAAGCUAGAUUCCUUUAACAACAUUACUAGCUUAACAACCACAGUGAUUGUAAAAUGGGGCAAAACCUAUUUAACAACUGUCUUAGGGAUGGAAAUGUUGGCGUCAGUGGUGAUCAAGGACUACCAGUAUAAAAAUAGCUUUUCAUCAGCACUGUGUGUUCAGGCAAAACUACUUUAAAAGAUUGGCAAGUGUACUUUAUUGAACAUCCAGCAGAGUAGUAAAAUAUGGAACUUCUACAAAACGUUGAUCAAUACAUUAAUGCCACCUACUCUUGAUAUCGUAAGAAUCAGCUAAGAAUAGUUAGGAUGGGGGUCUCAGAGGCUUUGCGUUUUCAAUCGGCGAGAAAAUGAAUCCUUUCCGAGGGGCUUGUCUCCCAACAAGAUUUUAUUUAUUGAAUAAAUGUGCACGGCAUGUA